AUGGUGAUCUUGAAAUCGAUUUGCAGUUUUUCAAAGUAUAGUAAAAAAAAUGACGACAUUCUGGGACCCAUGUUCAAUGAUUACAGGGUAUCUGAAUUUACUACGAUGCUUUCCAGAGGUUCAAAGCCCAUUGAUGAGGCUUCUAAGGGUUCUUUAGAUCUGUUGGCUUCUUCAUUCCGCACUCAAAAGAGUUUAAAUUCCUAUAGCUCUCAUUUUCCUAGUAGGGAAGCUAGUUGUGGAGUUAGUACCAGCCGGAGAGCUCAGACAGUGUCUGUAUCUCAAAUUUUGAGGAGACCAAUUAAUUUGUUAGAUGACACUACCAAAAUGGUAUCAUUUACAAGGGAUGAUAAUUAUCCAGAAAUUGCAAAAAAGACCACUAUAACAGCUAGUUUUGAAAACCAAGCAAGAAGCGAUGGUACUCUUUCUUCUAGACCAAUGUUUAAUAUGCCCAAAGGCAAUAGAUAUAGGAAUUUUGUCAAACUUGGAGGUCUUACUUCUCUGAUAAUGGAAGAAGACAUAUCGCGCGGAGUGCGAUGUAUGAGCAUCAAAGCUUCGCCUUUGGCUGAAAGAAAAUAUUCACCUAUAUUUGAGCACCUAUGUUCUAAAAUUGAAAAGUUAUUGGAAUUAAAAUCUGAACAAGUUAUGAAUAUUCGUAAGAACUAUGGAAAUACAUCUCUUGGUGAUCUUACUGUUUCAUGUUUGUUUAGUGGACUAAAGGAUGCCGUUGGCAUGGUUACAGAAACAUCUGAAUUAGAUCCAAAAACUGGUAUUCGCAUUAGGACACAUACUAUUGAUAGUAUGCUAAAAAGCUUGCCAUCAAAGAAUCCUGGAAGUGGCUGUCCUUACUCUGAAGCAGUUUUGUGGCUUUUACUUACAAAUGAAGUACCUACCCUACAGGAGGUUAAAGAAUUAUCAUUGGAGUUGUGUAGAAGGUCUGAAAUUCCAGACCAUGUUUUCAAGGUCAUAGAUGCCUUUCCUCCGGGUUCUCAUCCUAUGACCCAGUUCAUUUCCGCUGUUUCUGCACUCCAGACUGAAUCCGUAUUUAGAGAAGCUUAUUUCAACCGCACAUACAACAAGGAUACUUGUUGGAAGCUUAUUUUGGAUGACAGUCUCGAUCUUCUCGCGAAGAAUCUCAUAGUUGUAGGAUACAUCUACAGAAGAUGUUUUAUUGAUCCUAACACAAAGGGUUCUGAUAUGAAAUUCGACCCUGAACUAGAUUACGGUUCAAAUUUGGCAAAAUUUUUAGGUCACGAUAGUGAACUUUUUGGUGAUGUAAUGAGGCUUUAUGUAGCUCUUCAUUCCGACCAUGAGGGAGGAAAUGUUUCUGCACAUGCAUCACAUCUCGUGGGAUCUGCUCUUGCUGAUCCAUACUUCUGCUUUUCUGCAGCUCUUUGUGGACUUUCAGGUCCUCUUCAUGGAAUGGCCAACCAAGAAUGUUUAUUCUGGAUCCAGAAUAUGUUGAAGGAACUGAAGGGUCAAGAGAUUACAGUUGACACUGUUACAAAGUUUGCGCAAGAUACUCUUGCCCGCAAACAGGUUAUUCCAGGAUAUGGUCAUGCUGUACUUAAGAUUACUGAUCCAAGACAUAGUGCAUUCAUGGACUUUGCUCUCCGCAAUUUCCCGGAUGAUCCACUCGUUAAGCUUUUGGACAUUUGUCUUCAGGCCAUUCCAAAGGUCUUGGAGGCCACAGGAAAGGUACGUAAUCCAAAUCCUAAUGUUGAUUGUUCAACUGGAGUUAUUCUGCAUCAUUUCAAUAUAAAUCACCCAGAAAUCUUUACUGCAUUGUUUGGACUUUCAAGAGCAUUUGGAAUUCUUUCUCAACUUGUAUGGGCUAGAGCUCUCAAGUAUCCAAUUGAGCGCCCAAAAUCACUCACCCUAGAUUCCCUAGAGAAACUCUGUGCUUCCCUGCAGAAGUAG